AUGCCAAAGCUUUUUGUCUCGAUUUCGAUCUGGGGUAUACUAGGCCUUGCAUCUGUCCAGGCUACCUCAGGCGCUUGGCCAUAUCAAACCUUUCGAACAGAAUCAUUCGAACCACCGGUGCUGGAUAUUAACAGAACCGGAGCGGAGCUUGCAGAGGGGUUCUUUGUCUUCACUCCUCAGGGUCCGCGACAGAAUAGUCCUGUGAUCAUGACAGACUGUGGAGAUCUCGUCUGGAGUGGCCCAAAUGUGUCUUCUGCAAAUCUUGUUGUACAGUCCCUGAACGGCACACCCGUCCUGUCAUUUUGGCAAGCUCCUGCGGUGGUUGAUGAGGUUACCCCAUUCACAUAUGGAAAUGUAUCAAUUCUGGACGACACGUAUACAGAAAUAUACAACAUAUGCCCAGAUUUGAAUCUUAUUGCCCCCGAUGGCUCGCCAAGCGGAUGCUCUCUCAAUGCCCAUGAGUCGCUUAUUACACCUCGUGGAACCAUUCUAGUCACAGUUGUUAACAUUACAACUGCAGAUCUGACCUCUGUCGGAGGCCCAGCAGUGGGCUGGGUUAAUGAUGACAUGUUUUUGGAAAUUGAUAUCGCCACCAUGGAAAUCCUCUUCAAGUGGAGGGCGCUUGACCACGUUCCGAUUAACACCACUAAAGCCAUUCUAACGGGUACUGAUGGAUUGUCAAGGUCAAAUCCAUUUGAUUGGUUUCAUAUGAACUCAGUAGAUGUAUUAGGCGAGGGCUAUUUGACCAAUAGCAGGACAACAUGGUCCUCUUACGCUAUCAAUUCGACAGGCGGUAUCGAUUGGAUACUUGAGGGUUCGACAGGUGGUGACUUUUCGCUUCCCAGCGCAGCAGAAUUUGCAUGGCAGCAUGAUGCUCGAGUCUAUAAUGUAACACCUUCUUCACUCGUCCUAUCACUUUUCAACAACUUCAACAGUCAGACCCCUACGUAUCCAUCGAGGGGCUUGUUACUUUACCUUGACCUCGAUAAUCACGUGGUCAAAUUAAUUGGCGCAUACGAGGAUAUAGAAGAUCAGACGUAUUCUAUCUCCCAGGGCGAUUUUACCCAGCUGGAGAACAAUAAUUGGUUCGUGGAUUAUGGAGACGUUCCUCAAAUGAAGGAAUUUGGUAGUGCCGGCGAUGUCCGUAUGAUUGUUCAAUUUGGAGACCUCCCUGUACAGAACAGUUUGAAGAACUUUUCUAACUCGACGGUCUACGAGAUGUCCUACCGUGCUUAUAAGCAAGGUUGGGAGGCAACGCCGGGAGUUUAUGGACCAGCUGUAACGAUUGCCAACAGCAAGGGAUAUGUAAGUUGGAAUGGUGACACACGGACAACACAAUGGAUUAUUUUUGCAGGAAAAUCGAUUUCGUCGUUGCAGGAAGUAGCAACUGUGAACCGCACGGGUUUUGAGACUUCGUUCAGUAUUCCAGAAGAUGAGGCCAUAAUACAAGUUGGUGCUGUGGCAGACGAGAUAAUCCUACGCAAUUCGAGCGUUAUUAAAAUAUGGGAAUAA